GGUCUGGACUUUGGGGGGGCGGCAGGUGAGAAGGGGAGGGUCUCUGGAUGAGAUGCGAUCCGGCUGCUGGUUUUACGCGCAGAAGAAAGCGGCGCACGGUUCUGUUUUCUACGCAGUUACCAAACAGCUUGUGGAGUCUCAUGUCAGCUCUGUACAUUUGCGUUGGCAUCAAACUUUCAACCUGUGAGUGAAAUUCAUCCCGAUCAGCUGAGGAGAGGACUGACUCUUCUCACAUCAAGGGAGCUUUUAUUCAUCGACAGAUCCUGGAGGAGCGUGUUUAACUUAAGGUGCCCUUGCUUACAGUUGGCGUGCUCAACCUGUAUCUGCACCGACUGGAUUUAGUACUUCAAAGGGCCAACUCAAAUUUUACAGGUGACUUUUCCUGCGCAUGAUGUACACAAUUACAAAAGGUCCCAGCAAACUGGUCACCCAGCGACGCACAGGGCCUACUCAGCAACUUGACAACAAAAUAAACGACUUCAAGCACAAACAAACGUCCUGGAAUAUGCCUGACCUUCCUGCACCUAAGAUAGUAUUCAGCCGUCCUAACGGUAAGAAGUACCAUCACCCUGCUCCGGCUCUCCCUUCAGACAACCAGCAGGAAGAGAGCUUCACACCUGUGCAUGAGGAAAACGUCAAAUUUGUCUAUGAUGCAUGGCAGGAGGUGGUGCAGCAGGAGCCCGGCCAGGUGCCAGAAGAAGCCCAGCGAGCAGUCCACUACAAAGAAACCACUCCAAACCCGCACAUGGACAACUUUGUUCCCAUAGAUCUGGAUGAAUGGUGGGCCCAACGUUUCCUAGCCAACAUAGACAAGCUGUCCUGACACUCUUCUGGGACCGGUGAAUCUUGACAGACGGUCGAAAGUGGAGACCUGAAGCAGGAUGGCUCACUGUGAAGGAGGCCUGCGCAGGUGUGACGGGUUAAAAGUGCCCUCGUGUGGUUUAAAUGGAGGGACAGCGCUGGGACGCUUGCAUAGAAACCACAGAGGAUCACCCCACUUGAACUCUUGCUUUUGAGCUGCAAUCCAUCUCUAAAUGUUCUUCCUGCGUCAGACCACACACUGGAGGACGACUUGGAGUUGAGGUUUCUCUCAUCUUUCCACCCUCACAACAGUGAAGUCAUGUUCCUUUGAAAUGCAGUAAAAUUUUAUUUUCAAGAAGCUCUGCCUUGGAAUAUUUUUUUAACUGAUUUGUUUACUCACCUUAUUGAAAAUGCACACAGGACAUGAACAGCUCCAUACACGCUUUAACAGUAUGUUCAAUGCAUUUAUUAGAUUUGCUUGUAUUUUGAUAAUAUCAAUGAAACCUGUUGAGAAUCCACAACUGAGUCACAUUUUCAGCUCAUACACUAAUGCACAUUAAACAAAUUUUGUUUUUUGACACAGUUCAAAAAUAAUUAAAUACAUGAAAUAUACCUUUAACUCAUGUGUUUAUCUUCUGGAACUUCACAAUAAAGCUGCUCAUCUUUAGCUGUUGUAACACAUGGUAUAUCAAGAGAAUUUUGAAAUGCGAGUCUAGAAAUCAGAUUUACUUCCACACUAUUGGCCGGAUUUUUUUAAAUGCAUCUCGCUUACUUUUGCAUCCAUGUAGACAACAUUGAAAUAGUGCCAAACAAAGAGCAUAAACACACACAAAGUGUUUACGAAGAAGCUUCCAGCAGUUCAUGCAUGUUGAACUUUUAAAAGUCUUUA